CGCGGAUGAGCACAAAUGCGCUACGAACGGCGCCGAAAGCGGAUUGGGUUGUCAGACGUAUUAAAACGAUAAUAUAUUACGCGCGGGGUUAUAGUGUAAUACAGAACGCGGCACAAAUGCCGCUUGCAAAUUAUAUACAUACGUGAUCAAAUAAUUAAGUGAAUAAUUAUUGACAGAAAACAAAAGCGACAGUGUAUGUAUAUCGAUAGUGUAUACGACAAGUGGUAUUAUCGUGAUUGGUGUGUAGUAGGAAACAACGCAGAGGACAUCGAGAAAGAGCUGGACCAAACCUUGUAGAUUUUUACAUCUAUCUCUUUCUUUAUUUCUCUCUUUCUCUUUCUCUACUUUAUUAACACGAAGUUCUAGAAAUCCAAAUCAAAAAUGGGUUGCGCCUCACAGUGUGCCAAGUACUUUUUGUGCUUUUUCAACUUUGUAUUUUUCGUCGCUGGCGGAGCAGCAUUGACCGUUGGUAUCUGGUUGUUUGCCGACAGGAGCUCCUUCACGAACCUCAUCGCAAAGCUCGAUCAGUCCGAUAUUCUGACUAAAACGGAUACCGAUGUUAUAAGAAUGAUGUCCUAUAUCCUAAUCAUUGCCGGUGCCCUUACGUUCAUUGUUAGCUUUUUAGGAUAUUGCGGUGCAAUGUUCGAAUCUAGAUGUCUCCUCUGUGUCUAUGGCGUCCUUCUUUUAUUGGUUUUGGUCCUGGAAUGUGUGGUGGUUGGCCUUGCGUUUGGACUAAAAGGAGACGCGGAAAAGGGUACACAAAGUUUCUUGAAGUCGACAAUCAAGUAUUACGCAGCAAGCGUGGAUCAGACCGAAACCGUGACAGUUGCGUGGGAUGGUAUUAUGAGCCAGCUUCAUUGUUGCGGCGUUGAAAGUUAUUUGGAUUUUCACGAAAGUACAAAUUGGACUACAACCAACAAAGUCGUACCGGAAUCUUGUUGCAUAAAACAAAAUGGUGAAUUGCAGGAUCGCUCGUGUCCUCUCAAUCCUACGUCCACGAACUCUUAUUAUCAGAAGGGUUGUUACAAAGCGAUACUAACGACGGUAGAAGAAAAUGCGGCAAUAGUUAUAGGAGUAGCAGCUGGUUUAGCCCUGAUCGAAGUCCUGGUUAUUAUAAUGGCCUUAUACCUGGCAUGUGUCUACUGGCGUCCGCAACAUGUGUUAACUUGUUGGUGCUGCUGCUGACGAGGCAUUAAGGGCAUGGAACUGUUGAGUAGUGCCUCCUAGCAAACGCACGUUGAGCCAUUAGAAGUCCUGUGCCUUGCUUGCUUGAAACGUUAGAUACUAGCCAGAUUUAGGCUAGUCAAAACGUCGGCCGACAGAAAUGAAUCCUGAUUGUAGAAUGACCACAGAUAUUCGUCAAAUCAGACUUGACAGUGAUGUAGGAGAUUUAUUACAAUAUGUUAUUUUUUAUAUGCAUCUAAAGCAAAAAUAAAUUCUAGCUUUAUUUCGUGAUAGAAAAACAAAAAAGAAAAGUCAAAUAUCGAAGAUGUAUUAUUUGUUGAGUUUAAUGUAAUUCACUUUAGAGACCUAUAUUGUAAAGUACAAAUAUUACUUCUUAAGACAUUACACAUCUGUAAAAAUCGAUGUGUAUGAUAUUUCUUUUGCCUUUUCAGUUUUUUAUCUAUUUCUUUAUCAUUAAGAAACUCCUAUAUCACUGUAGAUUAUUAUCAUUUUAUGAUAUGUUAUUAAUUGUUUAAUAAUUAUUAGUAUACAAGCAUUUAAAAUCAUUUAUCAAAAAAUAUAAUAUAAUAACGUGUGAUCGCAGCAGUAUACUUCAGAUUUUGUACAUUCUAUAUUUGUGCUAUUUAAUAUAUCAUCAAUAUGCACAUGUAUUUUAAAUUAUAACAUUUUUUCUUUAUCAGAUGAUAUUGUUUCUUAAGCAAACAAACAAAAAAGUAAAAAUUAAUUUAUAUAUAUGAGGAUUUUAAGUGUAUGUAUCUAAAAUGUGUAGCCUUUAUUAUGUUGCUUUGCCUACUUUGAGAUUAUUUCAAAUGUUUAUGUAUUAAAGGAAAAUGUUUAAGUGUACAGUAGUUCAAUUCCUUGCAUUUAGGCAGGUCUUAUCAUUUCAUCCAUACUAAUUUUUCACUUCUAACAGUUCGAACUCGCGUUUCCAACAAAUAUACAAAAAUACAUAGUAAUAUUAAAAAAUUAUGGAAAACAUUAUAAUCUAUCUAUGUAGUGCUUAUGUCUCUAUAACUCCUGCCAAACUUUUAUUAAAAAAAAAGAGAAUAAUAAAUGUACAUUUUAUCUGAAAGGUAAGCACUUGGGAAAAUAAAAAAAAUAGAAAUAAAAUUAUAAACACGCUAUGUGUAGAAAACAACAAUUAAUAAAUAUUAUUAUUAUUCACUUUCUGAAUCGAACGAAAGCAAUUAACAUACUUUGAUGUAUUUAAAAAGGUGUACGUUUCAUUCUCAGAAAUGUCUAUAAAUUAAUAUUAUUAUAGGGCAAUGAUCUGUAUUAAAUUAGUGAAUAGUAGUACCUGGUAGAAAAAUUAGAGAAAAUUAGAUAUAUAAUAUUUGAUUUUAUUUAAACAUCUCAUUUGAUUCUAAUACUUUUGACGAAAGUAAGUUACUACUGUUCUUUAUUUAAAAAAAAAAAAAAACAAAUAAAUAAAAUAAAA